GCGAUCAGAUUACAGCAGCAGGUCUGUCUCCGCAGAUCCAGCGGACAUCUGGAGCAGCCCUGCCCGGGAAUCAAAACCUGCGAGCAACCAGCACCGACGUCCCGCAGCGACCCCGCGGCUCUGCUGUCUGCUCCCCGGUUUACAGCGGGGUUGUGGGUUUGCAAUCGAGGAGUCCAAGGCUACAUCACCUCCGGGGAGAGACGGAGCAUCCCACGGUGAAAUCACGGAAAUACGAAAACCUGGGACCUGGGAGGACGGUGAUGGACUGAUCUGAUCCGGUACCAGAUUGGGUUUAGGCCCAAUGGAAGACACGACUAAUCUGGACCUGGUGCAUACGCAUCUCGGAUCUUGCUUCUGUCUGAAAUAAGAAACCGUGUGUGUCUCUGGGGAUCCUGAUGUUUUUCUUCUCUGUUCGUCUGUUUUGACCCGUUUCUCUAAUACCGGUCCUGGAUAAGAGUUUGAGGGAACAGUCGGUUCCUCCUCCUCCUCCUGCUGGUCUGGAUUAAAGCCCAUGAGGAUCAUGAAUCAUCCCCCUCUGCUCCACUAAUCUGGGUUUAACCGAGCUGGAUUUAAAUCUGAAAUCUGAUCUGGAUUACUGUUCUGCUUCUGGUUCUGAGCGGGUCUCAACUGACUUGGUUCUGACCACUACUGGUCCUGAUUUCAGGGAAUUCUUCUGCCAUCAUGCCUACGUCUCGACCUGGUUCAGAGCCAGUGGAGUUCUGGGUGGACGGGUCGAGGCGGGACGGGACAGUGGAGGAGUUCUACACCUUGAGCUCCGAGCUGGGCAGAGGAGCCACGUCUGUGGUUUAUCGUUGUGAAGAGAAACAGACUCAGAAGCUGUUCGCUGUCAAAGUCCUCAAGAAAACGAUCGACAAGAAAAUCGUCCGCACUGAAAUUGGGGUCCUCUUGCGUCUCUCUCACCCAAACAUCAUUCAGCUGAAGGAGAUUUUUGAGACGGACACUGACAUUGCUCUGGUUCUGGAGCUGGUCACUGGAGGGGAGCUGUUUGACAGGAUUGUGGAGCGGGGUUACUACAGCGAGAGAGAUGCUGCUCACGUUAUCAAACAGAUCCUGGAGGCUGUGGCGUAUCUCCAUGAGAACGGUGUUGUGCACAGGGACCUGAAACCUGAGAACCUGCUGUACGCCGACCUGUCGCUGGAUGCGCCGCUCAAGAUUGCCGACUUUGGUCUUUCCAAAAUCAUCGAUGACCAGGUGACAAUGAAGACUGUGUGUGGGACUCCAGGCUACUGCGCUCCAGAGAUCCUGCGGGGAAACGCAUACGGGCCAGAGGUGGACAUGUGGUCGGUGGGCGUCAUCCUCUACAUCCUACUCUGUGGGUUUGAGCCUUUCUUCGACCCGCGGGGUGAUCAGUACAUGUACAGUCGCAUCCUGAAUUGUGACUACGAGUUUGUGUCCCCUUGGUGGGAUGAGGUUUCCCUCAACGCCAAGGAUCUGGUCAGUAAGCUGAUCGUCCUCGACCCUCACAAACGCCUCAGCGUCCGGGAAGCUCUGCAGCAUCCCUGGGUGCUGGGCAAGGCCGCUCGCUUCUCCCAUAUGGACACUACCCAGAGGAAACUACAGGAGUUUAACGCUCGACGUAAACUCAAGGCUGCUAUGAAAGCCGUCGUUGCCACCAGUCGAAUGCAUGAGGGUUCGCGGCGUCGCACCGACAGCUGUGAAAUUCCUGGUUCUGGGGCUUCCAGGCAAAGCAGCAUGCAACAAGACCCAGCUCCGGAGGGCACAGACACCACCAUCCCUGAUAGCAAAGAAGUCACGCCCCCAGAACAGCAGCUCUCACUGGAUGAUGACUCAGCGCUUGCUGAUCACACUGCCCUCAGCUCCUCCCCUUCUCGCAGCACAAAACCCCCCUGCUGUGAUGCUUCCCACCCCAGCCGACCCCCGCUGAGAGCCGAGGGGCUCCGACAGGUUUCCGUCGUUCCCAAACCCAUGUUGGUGCAGCCCAGGCAGCCACAGAGGAGCUUUUCUGUGAUGGAGCCUGUGUCGAAGGUGGAGACCACGCCUACACUGGCCACACCCCCAAGUCCCAACAGCCUCAGCAACGGCUUUGUGCUGGCUGCGGACCCGUCCACUAAGACCGGUCCCCACCAGUGAUCCAGCUGCUUCUACACUAAAUGUCUUCACUCAUUUACUGGGACAAGAGCAAAACCAUCAACAUCCAGCGAACGUUUCAUCAAAUAAAUCUUCCACUUCUGUAGAUUAGCUGCUAUGCUAACAUGCUAACAGCUACUGUAUGUACUUAUCCAGGUGUUUUUAGUUUCUACAGCUGGAAAAGCUUUUCCAGUUUGUUCUGUUGAGCUCCUGGUUUUAGUGGGAAGUGCAUUCAGUUCAAUCAAAAAGCAUUUGUCCCAUAUCACGACUCGUAUCUGCUCUUUUUCCAGUGGUAAGACACAAAAAGUUGAAUGCCAAGCAUCAGUAUCAACAUCACAUCGCCUGUACGCAGGAAGCUGUCAACACACCGUCCGUGUGCCUUGCUUCAGAUAAAGGUACCCAAUAGAUACCCAGAUGUUUGUACAGAUGUUUCAGCCAUAUCAUAUACAAUCAGCUCACCAUCAUUAGAAAAACCCAAACAGAACCAGCGCCACCAGUUCCAGCUAGUUCUAAAGUUCUGAUACGGGACAAAUGUGGACUUUUGCUUCCUCAGACCUUUGCUUGAAGGCUCAGGAUGGAGCUCAUCGAUUGUACUUAUAAUGUCUGUAUGGACACAACGUGAAGGAUGAGCUGCUGCUGCUUCUUCUCCCUGUGACGUGUGUUAUUUGGCUUUGAACCUGGAGCUUUGACUCUUCACAGACAAUCUGCUGAGUUUUUUAUCCUUUCUACUCUUUGCUGUUGCCACCCACUGUCUGUAUGAGUAGGUAACGUAACUGCUGUUAACGGUAACGUGUUGUGUCCGUGAAGAUUCUAGUUCAACAUUGUGGUGUUUACACGUUCUCAGCGGUGAUGAAGUACUGUACCUGUUUGUACUGUACAUAGUUUGGUUUUAGACAAAUAAGCACUCACAUCUUUCCUGCUCCUUUAAACCGCACAUGAAUUUGGCCUUUGACCCGUCCAUCUGAUCUGAAACCACACGCUCUACCUCUUUUUGUACAGGGGCUUCCAAAACAACUAACCCACUCUAGAAAGGACACAAGCAGGCCGGACCUGACGCCACUGAAAGACAGUGGCCCAGAACAUCAAAGAGCCCCAGGUUUGAGACACCAGAGGAUUAAAUUCAUUAUCACAUGAUUAGACAUCAAACAUCUGAAUGACCUCUUACAAAGAAUCUGGACUCCUCAAACACCUACUGCCCUUUGGCACAGUUCAGCUACAAAAGCAGGAAUGUGGAGGGGAACACGUGAGGCCCAUGUACAGAGUUUCUGUUCACUAUGAUCUCCACGAGGUGAAGGCUCGGUGUUCAGGCAUUGACCCCUCCACAAGGUGGAGUUGUGCUGGUAUCAGGGUCUGGUCGUGUCGGAACCCCCAGCUGCCCUGACCUCACACCUGCAAUAAGAUACCGAUGCUUAUUAGUCCAUUUAUCAUUAAAUGAAGUCUGAUCAAAAUGAAGAGACUCAACUCCACUCCAAACAGUGAUUCAGCAUCGGGAGUCUGUCACACUGGAUCACAGCAUGUAUACCGAUAUUUCGUUUCUCUACACUGGGGGAGGCUUCUGGUCUGAGAACUAGGCCCUGCUGGGUUUCCAAGAACCGCUGCACUCAGAGCUUCUGACUGGCUGAGCACACUGGGCAGGGCAGUGGUUCGAGUCACUCCUGAUCUAUAUUCUUUUGUAGAACAUGAAUAUUUUGCUUGUAUUUCUCCAAGGCAGGAUUCAACAAGUUCUGACACGUUAAAUGGUGAUGGUUUUGUGGUUGUACCUUUUUUAUUUGGCAGACAUAUAGACUGACAGUGACAGUCUCAGCCAUUGCAUGUGUAUCUUUGCAUGUAUCAUUUUAAUUCUGUGGAUGACAUGCGCUCAGAGCUGAGAGUCGAACUCCUGCAGAAUGUCUCAGUUGGUGAGGCAGGAUCUACAUCACGUGUCCAGUAAAGUAUAGCUGAUAGAAACCA